AUUUGUCCUCAAGGAGGUAAUAUUUUUACCCAGCUUUAGAGAGCCACAUUUAUAAAACACUGAGAUUGGAUUAACUGUAGCCUAGCUUUGAUUUAGCUUUAGCUGUUUCAUUCCACAAAAGUGCAAACACCAGAUGAACAAAAUGGGUCACGGUCUGUAUUUGAAAUUGUGGGAAUCAAAUAUUUAAUAAUAUUGUUGUUGGAAAGUCUCUUUAUGGUUCUUCUCCCUGUAGACCUUUGGCCUCGUUUGAACAAAGCAUCAUUUCUGCACCAUGGCUUGUUUCUAAAGCACUUUGUGGUUAAGUCAGUCAUGGGUUCCAGCAUUGCAAAGUGUUGACAUCAUGAGACCGCGAGAAUGUACAUGCAUUAUAUUCUGUGUCUCAGUGUUAUGGUCUAUUGCAACCGAGACACAUUGUUCAUAUGCAGUGGUCGUGUGUCAUUAUGUAUGCCGUCUGGGGAUAAAGCGAGUUCUUUUUAAGUGACAUAUUAUUAAGUAAUAUCUUGGCUCUUUUCAGCUUUGUAAGGGCAUGGUGCCCCAUUUUUAAAGCUACAAAACGUGCAUCUUUCCAUCCAUCAUAAACUAAUCCUGAGGUGAAACGAUGGGAAACAUUUAUAUUUCAAGCUUUAAGAAAUGGGGCACUGUCCAAUGCCAUUACAAAGCUAGAGUCACAAAAUGUUAUUGUGUCCGACCUUCUUAUAAUCCUUGCUCUAGUCAAUUGUUUGUAGUUCUGUUCAUGAAACAUAUGACCCACGAUGUCCUUGUAAACAAUGAAGGUCGAUAGAUAAAGAAAAGUAAAAGAAUAGAAAAGGAAAUGAAAAGCUGUAAAUCCCAGGAAGAGAUGUUUGGAGAACAGGAAAUGAGCACUUCCAAUUCUCUCUAUGCACUUCCUUCAGCCUGGUUCACAUUACUCUUGUGUUGAAGGACUGUGACCAGUCCAAAACUGCACUGCAUAUACUUUCCUAUUGUUUUAAUUGCAUGUAUUGAUAAUGUGUCAUUUAUAAAAAACUGACAUUAAGAAAUUGUUGCUUUGUUUUAGUGCAUUAUGUUUGUAUGUAUUUUAGUACACUGGGAAAAGAAAGGCAAUCGAGUAGAUGUUUGUUUGUGUUUACAUUGGCAUUAUUUUUGAAUGUGUGGGCUUGCUUGGCUAUAGUUUGGGGACAGACUUGGCCCCAGAAGUAGCUAAAUACUCCCUUUCAAGCCAUUUGGGAACAUCCACAUUAAAUUUUUUUUGGGUUUAAAUAGAAAAGAGCAUGUUUGUGUGGCUGAGAUGAGUGUUAAUUGACAGUAUAGUACUGCGAGGAUCCAUGGGAAAUGUUGAAUUGUCUUGUUGCAACCACUUUGCUCUGGCCAGAUGCUGAGAGAGAAAGAGAGAAUGAGCGAGCGAGACCGGGAGCACGUCUCAAACCCCUGCCUGCCUUACGCCCCCUUCCACUGCGUUCAAGAGCUAUGUGCUGUUCUUACAGGAGAGCCUCCUAAUGAUCUUCUGCUCAAUCCAAAUGACUUUUUCGGAUGCUCUAAGCUUUUGUUUUCAACCUUAGAGAGUUCCCAGUCUGUAUGCUGAAGUCUAAAGGACCGGGUCUUUCUCCCAGUCAUGGGAUGCAUGUUCUCUUUGCCACAGGACAGAUUGGAAGCUGCAGAGAGAGCUCAACCCGUACGUGAGACCAGCUUUAUUGAGAAAAUGAAGAAAACUAAUCGAAACAUUGUGGUGUUUUACGGGUCCCAAACCGGGACGGCUGAGGAGUUUGCUAACAGACUUGCAAAAGAUGCCCAGCGCUACGGUAUGAAAGGCAUGGCUGCUGAUCCUGAGGAGUAUGAUAUGUCCGAGCUGUCUAGACUGAAGGAAAUGUCAAAUUCCUUGGCUGUGUUCUGCAUGGCAACCUAUGGAGAGGGAGACCCCACAGACAACGCCCAGGAGUUUUAUGAUUGGAUGCAGGGUGCUGAUGAUGACAUGGAGGGAGUCAAUUUUGCAGUUUUUGGUUUAGGAAAUAAAACCUAUGAGCACUUCAACGCCAUGGGCAAGUACACAGACAAGAGACUUGCUGAAUUAGGAGCGACACGGGUCUUUGACCUCGGGCUCGGAGAUGAUGACACUAACUUGGAAGAGGAUUUCAUCUCCUGGAAGGAACAGUUUUGGCCGGCAGUAUGUGAAUUCUUCGGAGUGGAAGCCACGGGAGACGACACAAGCAUUCGGCAGUUUGAACUGGUGGUCCAUAAUGACGUCAAUAUGAAUCAGGUGUACACAGGAGAGGUGGGACGUCUCAGAAGCUUUCAGACGCAGAAACCGCCUUUCGAUUCAAAGAACCCUUUCCUCGCUCCUGUCUCUGUAAAUCGUAAGCUGAACAAGGGAGGUAACCGUCACCUAAUGCACUUAGAAUUGGAUAUUUCUGAAUCUAAAGUCAGAUAUGAUGCUGGAGAUCAUGUUGCUGUCUACCCCACAAAUGACACGACUGUGGUCAGCAGACUAGGAGAAAGACUUGGUGUAGAUCUGGAUAUCAUCAUGUCUCUUAAAAAUCUGGAUGAGGAAUCUAAUAAAAUACACCCAUUCCCUUGCCCCACCUCAUACCGCACGGCUUUAACCCAUUACCUGGACAUCAACAACCCACCCCGUACAAACGUGCUGUACGAGUUGGCACAAUACGCCUCCGAUCCAAAAGAACAAGAAAGUAUGCGCAAGAUGGCCUCUGCAUCUCCAGAAGGAAAGGCUCUCUACCAGAGUUGGGUUGUGGAUUCAGAGAGGAACAUACUGUCCAUUCUUGAAGAUCUACCAUCUCUACAACCACCUAUAGACCAUCUGUGUGAACUUCUGCCUCGACUACAAGCUCGAUACUAUUCCAUUGCGUCCUCUAGCAAGGUGCAUUCGACCUCCAUUCACAUCUGUGCUGUGGUCGUGGAGUACACAACUAAGACGGGAAGGGUCUUCAAAGGUGUGGCCACCAACUGGCUGAAAAACAAAAUUGUAACCGAUAACGGCCACACGCCCACCGUUCCCAUGUAUGUAAGACGAUCCCAGUUUCGCCUGCCGUUUAAACCCAGUAAUCCUGUAGUCAUGAUCGGACCUGGAACCGGCAUUGCCCCUUUCAUGGGCUUCAUCCAGGAGAGAGCAUGGCUGAAGGAACAAGGCAAGGAUGUCGGUGAGACAAUACUUUACUUUGGCUGUCGCCAUAGGAACGAAGACUUCCUGUACCAACAGGAACUAGAGGAUUUUGAGAGGGCGGGUGUACUUACACAGCUCAAUGUUGCGUUUUCCAGAGACCAGGACCAUAAAGUUUAUGUGCAACAUCUUCUGAAGAAAAACAAGGAGCACUUGUGGAAGCUUGUUCAUUCAAAUAACGCCCAUAUUUACGUUUGCGGAGAUGCACGUAACAUGGCUCGGGACGUCCAUGCCGCCUUCCAUGAGAUUGCACAGGAGGCGGGCGGACUGACACACGCUCAGGCUGUGGAUUAUUUCAAGAAGCUCAUGACCAAGGGCCGUUACUCACAAGAUGUUUGGAGCUAAACCAACUGAUGAAGUAAUACUCAACAGUUUACCUCAGAUGUUUAUUUUUUUUUAAAAAGGUAUUAUUUUCCCAUGUUUGCAUUAACAUGGGAUGUGUUGCAGUCAGUGCCUCUGAUAUAAUGAAGUGUUGAUGAACUGAGAUACAGUACAGGUCAGUAGAUCUGAUGAAACAUAAGGCACGUAACACAAAGAGAGCUUUGUUUUUUCUUUCUUUGUGCUUUUUCUAAAAUUUAUAUGAUCAAAACUGAGGGCGAAUUUGACUGAGCUUGAAUUGAGGCCUUACAGAAAACAUUCACAUUCUUCUUGGCUUCUUGGUUUUAUCCGUGGUAAAGACUGCAAACAUCACUUACUGAGACUUUGCUAUAUUCUUAAAGGGACACUCCACUUUUUUUGAAAA